AUGGAGUUCACACACGCCGACGAGACGUUCUUCAUCGAGUCGGAUGACCAGCCACGUCAGCCGUGCAUCGACGCCCGGGCUGCCGCCAAGAUGAUUGCCCGUCAAAGACAGGACGUCAUUGGCAGCGAGCUGUCUCGCCAGGCCGCCGACGACUACCUCGACGACAUCCUGAAGCACAUGCAGACGAUGGAGGCAUGCACUCCCCAGUCGCCGCUGUCUGCGUGUGAUGAGACACUACCCGAUGCCACCCUCAUCGACAUGCAGCGAGAGAUCCAAUGGUACAUGCGCCCGUACCUGAUCGACUUCCUCGUCGAGGCCCACGCCGCCUUCUGCCUCCUCCCCGACACCCUGUUCCUCACCGUGAACCUGCUGGACCGGUACUGCUCGCGGAGAGUCGUCUACAAGCACCACUACCAGUUGGUCGGCUGCGCCGCCUUGCUGAUUGCCGCCAAGUACGGUGACAAGAAGGAUAGGGUUCCGCAAAUAUCGGAGCUGGCCAACAUGUGCUGUGGUCUGUACGACGCCGGCAUGUUCACCCAGAUGGAGAUGCACGUCCUCAACACCCUCGAGUGGACCAUCGGCCACCCCACCGUCGACUUCUUCUCACAGCUGCUGGUGGCUUAUGAGCAUGACGACAAGGAGGUAGAUUGCAUGUCGUCGUAUCUCAGCGAGAUUGCGCUCUACCACCGUGACUUUGUCUCGGUCAAGCCUUCGACCAUGGCCCGUGCAUCGCUGGCCGUGGCCCGUGCAGUCCUGGGGCGACCAGAGGCGGUGGACAGGGAGUUGGACCAUGAUGAGAGCACCGUGGCGGAGCUCAUCUCGGAGUACUUGGAGCAGCCGUCGCCGACGCUCGCACGCAAGUACUCGAACCCGAGCGCCUACCGAGUCUCACACCGGCUCGCCGAGUUCGUCGCAGCACGAGCCGCCGCCAUCGCCCAGGCGCAGCGAGCGGCAGUUCCGCCCUCUCCUCCGGCCGAGAUCCUCUCCAAAGAGUCCAACAUCUACAGCACGCCGCACAAGCCGCACGGCCCGAACCCGUACGAGGGUUACCUCACUCCCCCCAUCACCCCCGACGGCGUCAACUUCGGCAACGUGCCCAAGGACUCGUACCCGAUGCCACGGUGCCCGGUCACUCCCACACCGCAGCAGCACCACGCUUCGGGGUACGCGCAACACGCACGUCACCUGGGGAUGCCGAACCAACAAAGCUUUCACCAACAAUAG